AUGCAGUUGGAAAGUUUGUUGCCACUGGGAAAGCGAAAUGAGGAAGUGGCCAAGGUUUUGACAACUGAGUACAAUCAAAAACGGACUUCGCCACAUGCAAAUGAGGUCCAAAAGCCACAAUUACCGUCUUCGACGUUUGAAAGUCUGUUCCAUGGUUCGCAUGCGAAAAUCGCAAUUGGCAAGACUGCCUCCUCUGUUUCGUUGGCUGAUGUAGUGUCGGUAUAUUCGUGGCAGCAAACGCCGACUAGAAUCGUCACAGCGCCGUCCCCCGAUGGCCAUCCUUGGUCCAUUCAGACACCAAUGCUCUCAAUGCUCUCCCUCCGGACGCACCGACCUUCGUCUUUCCAAGUAUCCUUGUACGAGCCAGCUGUCGGGCUUUUGUGA